UCUCUAUUCAAAAAUCAACAUGGCUUCUUACCACUGUCCCGAUAGCAAGACUCUACAGGAAUAUAAAGAUGUGGCAAACAAGAUUAGAAUCCACAGCAUCAACGCAACUAAUGCCAGUAACUCUGGUCACCCUACAUCAUGUGCUUCCAUGGCUGAAAUUAUGUCAGUGUUGUUCUUCAAUGCUAUGAAAUACAAGGUGUCCGACCCCAGGGGGCCUCAUAAUGACAGGCUAGUGUUGUCUAAGGGUCACGCUGCACCAGGACUUUAUGCUGCCUGGGUGGAAGCUGGCCUCCUAACAGAGAAAGAUAUAUUGAACCUCAGGAAAAUUGACAACGAUUUGGAAGGACAUCCAACACCAAGACUUAACUUCAUAGAUGUGGCUACAGGAUCCUUAGGGCAAGGACUCAGUUGUGCCGCUGGUAUGGCAUACACAGGGAAAUUCUUCGACAAAGCUAGCUAUCGUGUGUAUUGCAUCAUCGGGGAUGGAGAAAGUGCAGAGGGUUCAAUUUGGGAGGCACUCUCGUUCUGCAGCCGCUACCAGCUGGACAAUAUAGUAGCCAUCUUUGAUAUUAACCGUCUUGGACAGAGUGAACCUACAGGUCUACAACAUGAUAUGGAAACUUACAGAGCUAGGCUAGAAGCCUUUGGCUGGAACACAUAUGUAGUUGAUGGGCAUGAUGUAGGUACCCUGUGUAAGACAUUCCACGAUGCUUCAACCGUAAAGGGAAAGCCAACUGCCAUCUUGGCCAAGACAUUCAAAGGCAAAGGAAUGCAAGGAAUUGAGGAUGAGGAGAACUGGCAUGGUAAGCCCAUGGGAGGAAAGGCAGAGUCCAUGAUAGAGGCAAUCAAAGCUAACAUAGUCAACCAGGGUCCACAUACACUCACCAUCCAAGCCCCAGUAGAAGAUGCACCAGCUGUAGAUAUUACAAACAUUAAACUCUCUGACCCACCAGCCUACAAAAGGUCUGACAAGGUUGCAUCAAGACUGGCAUUUGGCACAGCCCUUGCAAAACUAGGCAAGAACAACCCACAUGUCAUAUCUAUGGAUGGCGACACCAAGAACUCAACAUUCGCACAGAAAUUCAAGGAUGCCCACCCUGACAGGUUUAUAGAGUGUUACAUUGCUGAACAGAAUCUAGUUGGUGUUGGUAUAGGUUGCGGCACUAGAGGGCGCACUGUACCAUUCUGUAGCACAUUCGCAGCUUUCUUCACAAGAGCAUUUGAUCAGAUUAGGAUGGGAGCUAUUUCUCAGACAAAUUGCAACUUUGUUGGAUCCCAUGCUGGCAUUUCUAUAGGUGAAGAUGGUCCAUCCCAGAUGGCGCUAGAAGACUUAGCAAUGUUCCGUACAAUCCCAGGAUCCACUGUGUUCUACCCCAGUGACGCUGUAUCAUGUGAGAGAGCAGUUGAAUUGGCAGCCAACCUACCUGGUGUCUGCUUCAUCAGGACCAGUAGGCCAGCCACUGAACAGCUUUAUGAGAAUGAGGAACCUUUUGUCCCAGGGAAAGCAAAGGUAGUCCGUAAAAGUGACACAGAUACAGCAUUGGUUCUGGGGUGUGGUAUAACACUCCACAUGGCCCUGAAGGCUGCCGAUGCCCUUGCUGAAUCAGGGAUAAAUGUACGUGUAAUGGAUCCAUUCACACUGAAACCAUUUGAUGCUGAAGCUGUAAUAAUGAAUGCUAAGGCCACUGGUGGGAAGAUAGUAACAGUGGAGGACCAUUACCCUGAAGGUGGUCUUGGUGAGACUGUCAUGUCAGCAGUGGCAGGGGAGCGUGAUAUAGUUGUCAAGCAGCUAGCUGUUCCCAGGAUACCUCGCAGUGGAAAGCCUGAUGAGCUCUUUGAAAUGUUUGGAAUUAGCCCUAAUCAUAUCACAAGAGCGGUUAAGGAGGUCAUGAAAAUGUAAUCAUUAACAGUCAAGGAUUGAAUAGUCAAGGAGACCACAGUUAUGAACUGAACAAUCAAAGACAUCAGCUUUAGUGACUUACCAAAUCUCAUCAAACAUUAUUAUAAACUGCACCCCUCCCCUCUAAUUGUAAUAUGAUAUAAUCUUCUUCAAUGAGUUUCACUGUCUCGAACAUGGUGUCCACCAUACUAGUGUUCAGAAUUGAUGUAUCACCAGAGAACUAAUACUAGUAAUAACAUUGACUUAACAUGGUUAGAGUUGUAAAAGUUAAAAUCAGGGGCACAAAUAAUAAAUUAUGUAGUCCUGUAUUCUUAAAUGUCUAUAUUGAUUAGCAAGCCAGAGAUAUUAAAAAGAAACUUGUCUUCAUGUCUUCCAUAGGCUGAUAGGAGGGGACCAUUUAGAUUAAGGACAGUGUGUGGAGAUAGAGCCCUAGGCUAUACGUAUCAUUGGAGUAAUGCUAAUUGCAUAAAUACUAAAUAUGCAUAUGAAACUAGUCCUGCUUCAACGCCCUGGAACCC